CAUCGUCAUCAUCUUCAUUACACACAAGUGCAUUUGAAACCGAAAAAACAAUUUAAGUAAAAGUUACAUAAAAUCACACAUCUCACACCUUCCUUACACACAAACCCAACCUCACAAAGUACAACAAUAUAUAAUAUAACAUAACAUACACUUUUUGUUCCAUUUCUCUCUCUUAUAACCUUAGUCCCCAAAAAUUCGAAUUUCUCAAAUCCCUUUUUCUUACAUCACCACCAUCAUCGUAAACACAUUUUCUUCUUCACUUCAUACCCAAAAAACUUUAUACUAAAAAAAUUAAAUACAAGAAUCAUAUCAAUUAACCAUGAAUCCUCAUAAUCCAAACCAAACAUUUCCAUCAGCACCACCUGGUAUUCCUUUUCCUAUGCUUACACCGAAGCAAGAGCCUCGGGAUGAAACUAUACAAGAAAUUCAAUAUCCAAACCUAGAAAAUUUACCGAACCAAAAUCUAAACCUAAAUCUAAGUCUGAACCUAGAUUUUGUUUCUCAAGCCCUAGAACAACCGACCACCACCACCGCCGGCGCCGGCACCGUCGACGCUGCCAGAAUGGCGGAGAUUUUUCGACGGUCGUUUACUGAAGGAUUACAACGACAGAUUCAAAACAAUGACGCUGUUGAUGAAAAUCCAAAUGCAAAUGCAAGAGCUAUUGUUCCGGUUUCUGCGUCUGAGAGUAAUUACAAUAAUGCCCCUCCUGCUGGUGAGGUUGUGAAUGUACGGAAACAUAAAGAGCUUGUUCGAAUGACGGAUGUUGGGUUACCGGAUCAGCGUCAGUUUCGGGACGUGGUUAGGAGGACGAGGAUGGUUUAUGAUUCGGUUCGUGUUUUAGCUAUGGCUGAAGAGGAAGGGAAUUUUAAUGUUAGGAGAGUGAGAAGUGAUUUGAAAGCUUCUGCUACGAUGAGGAGUCGAGGAUUGUGGCUGAAUCGCGAUAAGAGGAUUGUUGGCGCGAUUCCUGGGAUUUGUAUCGGUGAUGUGUUUUUGUAUAGGAUGGAGUUGUGUGUUGUUGGUUUACAUGGUCAACCACAAGCUGGGAUUGAUUAUUUGCCGGGGAGUAUGAGUUCGAAUGGUGAACCGAUUGCUACUAGUGUGAUUGUUUCUGGUGGGUAUGAGGAUGAUGUUGAUGAAGGUGAUGUUAUUAUUUACUCGGGUCAUGGUGGGCAGGAUAAGAAUUCGAGGCAGGUUUUUCAUCAGAAGCUGGAAGGUGGGAAUCUUGCUAUGGAGAGGAGUAUGCAUUAUGGGAUUGAGGUAAGGGUUAUUCGCGGUGUGAGGUAUGAAGGUACAUCUUCGACUUCGGGUAAGGUUUACGUUUAUGAUGGAUUGUAUAGGAUUAUUGAAUGCUGGUUUGAUGUUGGUAAAAGUGGUUUUGGUGUUUUUAAGUUUAAGUUAUGGAGGAUUGAUGGUCAAGCUAAGAUGGGUAGUUUGAUUUUAAAGGAGGCUUUUUUGCUUAGGAGAGAUCCUUUGUGUUAUAAACCUAUGUGUGUUAUAUCUCUUGAUAUUUCCAAGGGUAUGGAGCGUGUCGGUAUAAGACUUUUUAAUGAUAUUGAUAGAUGUAAUGAUCCGAUGUGUUUUGAGUAUCUUCCUAGGGCUACUUUUCCGCACUUCGUGUUUCAUGAAAGUGGGAAUGCAACAGGUUGUCAAUGUGAGGGCUUUUGUGGAGAAGGAUGUUUUUGUUUCAUAAAAAAUGGAAAUGACUUUCCUUAUAGUCAAAGCGGGCUUCUCUUGAAAGGAAAGCCGGUCAUUUUUGAAUGUGGUCCUUCUUGUAGUUGUCCGCCUCAUUGUCGGAACCGUGUUACACAAAAAGGGCUUAAACAUAGGUUGGAAGUGUUUAGAUCUAGGGAGACUGGUUGGGGAGUUAGGUCAUUGGACCUUAUUCAAGCUGGUGCAUUUAUAUGCGAGUACACUGGGGUUGUUUUGACAAGGGAGCAAUCAGAAAUUAUGACCAUGAGUGGUGAUUCAUUAAUAUAUCCGAACCGUUUUUCGAACAGGUGGACGGAAUGGGGUAAUUUAUCUCUGAUUCAAGAUGGUUAUGUGCCUCCUUCGUAUCCAUCAAUUCCUCCUUUGGAUUUUUCUCUUGAUGUGUCCAGAAUGAGGAAUGUGGCUUGCUAUAUAAGUCAUAGCUCAACUCCUAAUGUGAUGGUUCAGUUUGUUUUGUAUGAUCAUAAUAAUUUGAUGUUCCCUCACAUUAUGCUGUUUGCAAUGGAGAACAUCCCUCCAUUGAGAGAGUUCAGCCUUGAUUAUGGUGUAGCUGAUGAUGAGUUGACUGGCAAGCUCGUAAUAUGCAACUGAAUAUCUUGAAAGCUUCACAUACUUUAUAUUAUGCUGAAGCUGAGUUGUGGGCAUGUUUUCACGGAGGUCGAUGAGGAUGCUGCUUAUCCAUCUUCCUUAUGUUCCAUAACUAUAGGAUUGGGCUGAUUAUCAUAUAGAAGUAGCUCAUACAAGCAAUCAACUGCUUAGGCAGAAACCGAGAUAUUUCAUUACUGCAGCGCAACUGUCGUCAGGCUUCAAUCUUACAAAUCUACAAAGAACAAAAGAAUCAUCUGUCUGGAUAUUGCUGGUUUUAUCCAACCCUAGUUAGCUAGUAGGUGGUGGUGCUUCUCGCGGUGGGGAAGUUCAGGAACUGAAGUUCUCUUUCUGCUUGAUCUUGAACACUUUUUUUUCUCCUCUUUUGUUGUUGUUUAUACAUUAUCGUGGCGAAGCAUGCUCAGGCCUUGUAUCAUUUAUUUAAGUACAAGUAGCGCAAUUAUAUUGACUCUUUUCCCCGUCUUCUUUUGGGGAACUAGUACAUGUUGUAAGUUCAAAGCUAGCUUGUAUAAGGAUUAUACUAUAUUAGGGGUUGGUUGAAUUGAUAGAAGGACACUCACAAAUUGCUACUAUGUCCUUGUUUGAUUUAUUGGGGUGGUCUAAUUUUGACCUUUUACGAGCAAAACCAAUUAUACUGAAAUGGACAUGAAAAGGUUGUUGUUCAUAACCUAAUAUUGGUUGCUGAACGACAUUAUACUAAUAGUACAUGGUUUUUGUGCCUGAUUUUUGUGACAUUGUA